CCUGUAAACUAAACAACACUGCAAAGCAACACUGAUAAGUUAACCCUGUCCAACUCGGAAACCAGCUAGGCACGAAUAUAAACAAGCUGGGCUCAAAGUUUCCACAGCCAGCUUUGAUCCGAGGUGUCGGGUGGCUAGUGCCGUUAGUCGGUUUUUGAUAUCAGAGUGCUACGGCGCCGCCAGCCAGACAGUCGCGAAUUUCUAGCGGGGAUUGUUGAGGAGGUGCCCCUCCUCCUCCACCUCCUACUACUCUCUCCUCGAAUAUUUAUCAGGUGAUAGAGUGGCAGGUAACCAAGGAGGCAACUCUCACUCCAUGCCCACUGGACGGGCAAUCCUUUGAGUAUCCAGUGGCCCAGAGAUCCAGUUAGCGAAACGGUCCCAAAAUGGACGACAAUAGCAGUGGUCGGACUUCGUUGGCGGACAGCGCCAGCCUCACCAACUCAUCACUGCGCAGUGGCGCCUCCUCGUCCCAAAGUCUUCACAGUGCCGACGGUAUGGUUAGAGUCUUCGUCCCGAAGAACUCAAAAUUUAGGGAAUUCCCGGUGGGUCUCGAAUGCGAGAAGAUCAUCACACAGUUGUGCAUCGAACAUGGCAUCCGACCAACCUGCAUCAUGCUCUUUGGCAUCCGGGAACACCAUACAUCGUCGCGAUCACCCACGGCGGUGCGAAUCGAUUGCACCUGGGUGUCGCACGGAGAGCGUCUCAAUCCCAGUGUCCUCUACUGCUUCAGGAUGAGAUUCCGGGUGCCCGAACUGGACAACCAACUGGAGCAGAUAGAUCCCGCCAGCCACAAGUUCCUCUACAUGCAGAUGAGCUACGACAUGGUGAACGAGCUGAUCCCUGAGAUCCGAUAUCCGGAGCAUAAGGACAAGACCACCGGACUGACGGUGAUGGACAUGAUCAUCGACCAGCAGCUGAACCACAAGUCGGUCCGGGAGAUUGAGAAGAUAUUCAAGAAGUACCUGCCGCCCAGCCUGUGGAAGGCGCACAGCUUCUUUGUUGGGACCAAGAUCCGGGAAGUGUUCCGCACCCUCAGCGCCAACUCGCCGAGUGUCGAUCGCCUGAUGUGGCACUACGUCCACCAGGUGUCCCACUUGGCGCCCUCCUACAUGACCGAACAGUUCACCGCCACGGUCAUGUAUUUGCCAAACGAGGAUCUGCCCGGCGGUGCACCCUAUUUGGGUCAUGGUCUGACCACCAUUCCUGGCUCCCUGACAUCCUCGGCGGACAUGGGAUCCACUAGCACCAUAUCCACACUCACCACGAACCUGGGCAGUGGCAAGAAGAGCAAGAGACGUCCGCCAAAUGCCGGAAUCGAUGUCUAUGUCCGGGUGUUCCCGCACGACUCGCCCAAUCCUGGCCUGAAAGUGGCACGUGUCACCUCCGAGGCUACCCUGAAGUGGAUGUUGGUGGGACGUGUAGAGGGCAUUUUCAUGAUCUCGAAGAUCAGCAAUACGGAUGUCAGGCUGGAGAUUGAGGGUCUCCCCAAGGGCUUCGAGAUGCGCUUCCAGACGGAGCAGGAAAUGAAGGCCUUCAUAUCGUAUCUGGGCAUCUAUAUAAGAUUAACGACAAAAUGGAUGCAGGAUCUGUGUCAUUCGUACCGCACCCCGUCGCUGGUGGAGAUGGGAGCUCUCCAUGUCCACGGUCCCAUUGGAGGCGCCUACUCCCUCAUGAAGUUGCACGAGAAUGGCGAUACUUGUGGGAGUUACAUUGUGCGUCAGUGCGACCGCGAAUACGGAGUCUACUACAUCGAUAUCAACACCAAGAUAAUCGCCAGGGAAACGGAUCAGGAGCGUUGCAAGCCGGAAACCUUUCGGAUUGUCCGUCUGGAGGCGAAUCAGUGGCGGCUCACGUACAACAAUGCGGAUCACACGUUCAACUCCCUGGCCGAGGUGGCGCACUUCAUCAAGGCGGAUGCGAAUGAGAGGGUGAGGCUGCCGCCAUCGAAGUACGACAGGCCGCCGCUGCUGCUGCUCCUGCUGCCAAAGAACCUCAAGGCCAAAAAGACUGACCUGCAGCUGAGCGAUACGGAACUGCAGCGCCGUAAUGCCCAGAUCUUUAAUCCCAAAACCGAUCUUCAAUGGUAUCCAGACUUAAUAGCACUUUGCGAGGAUGGUAUGAUGUUCUCCAUACGCGGCGAUUGGAUCCAACAGAGUCCUGUCAAGGAUGUCCCCGUCACAAUGAAAAUGCUAAAGAGCGACGGCGAUUUCAUGGAGUUCUUUCGUUUGGCCCAAACCUGGAGUACCAUCAAGUCACCGGAGUUCCUCAAGCUAUACGGGCUCACGCUCGCCGAUCCCUACACCAUGGUGAUGGAGUACAACGGCGACAAGCCAUUGAAUCGAUUCCUACAGACGAAGAGGGACGUGAGUCUGCACUGUCUGCUGGACUUGAUGCAUGGGCUGGUGCGCGGCAUGCACUAUCUGGAGGACAACAAGAUAAUACAUAGCUAUAUAAGGGCCAGCAACAUGUAUGUGACGAAGUAUGAUCCCUCCAACUUUCUGCUGGAAGCCAAGAUCAGUGAUCCGGGCUAUCCGCGUCCCUAUCGAGAAUCUGAUUCACCCUGGAUACCUGUUUCGUACUAUCGUAACCUUCAGGCUGCCAAGAGCGACAUAAACACUCAGUUCUGGGCCUUUGCCACAACCACCUAUGAGAUAUUCUCUCGUUGCCAGCGGGACCUGAGGACACUGCGUCAGGAUGAUCUGCUGCGUCAGCGGAAUAUGGAUGGUAAUAUCCUGGAGCUAUUAGACGGCGACAUAUGUCCGUCCCUCAUCUCCGAAACGAUAAUGGACGGGUGGAGCGAUGAGUGCCAGAAACGGUUCAGUCCCCACCUGAUCAUCGGCCGUCUGGGCAUUAUCAAGGAUCAGUAUGCCACGGAUUACAUGCCCGCCCCAGAAUUCGACACCAAUGGCAUGCCGGACGAGUACCGGAGCGAGAGCCAGAACAUCCCCUGCCCCAUACCCUUCCCCGAGUCCAAUCUCUGCAUGGUGGUGGAGCUGAACGACUGCAGGCUGAUCUUCAGCACAGCGAACCAGAUCGGACAGGGUCACUACGGGGUCGUGUAUCGCGGCCACCUGGAGUACAAGGACAAGGAGCGCUCGCCGGAGCAGGUGGCCAUCAAACAGCUAACGAAUAGCAUGCACGUCUCGGCCGAUUUUCUGCGCGAGAUCGAGAUAAUGCGCGGAUUGGAUCACCCGAACGUGGUCAAGUUCAAGUAUUAUGCGGAGCGGCGGCAGUGCAUCGUAAUGGAGUACUUGUCCGGCUCCUUCGACAAGUAUCUGCUGUUCGAGGCCCCCAAUCUCAAGAACUCCCGCCUGAUAAGCUUCGCUUUGGAUAUAGCCCAUGGCAUGAACUAUUUGGCUGAAAUGGGUCUGAUCCAUCGGGACUUGGCCGCCCGAAACAUUCUGGUCGAUCGCAACGGUGGCUGUGAUUGCGUCAAAAUCUCGGACUUUGGUCUGGCACAGUUCGCCAACUCCGAUGGCUAUUACAUCGCCAUCAGUAAUCGGGAUAUACCCAUUAAAUGGUACGCCCCGGAGGCCAUAGCCACAAGAAAAAUCUCAACGUUCUCGGAUGUUUGGAGCUAUGGAGUGACCCUGUACGAGAUGUUCACCCGCGGCGAACUGCCCAACCUGCAGCCCAUUCAGAAGGACAAUGACAACUUCCUCGAACGCAUCACUAACGGCGAACGGUUGCCCCGCCCCAAAGAUUGUCCGGAUUUUAUUUACGAUUUGAUGAAACAGUGCUGGCAUGCGACGCCCCGCUCCCGGCCCACUUUCGCCGCCAUCGUGGAGUUCAUAACCCGGGAAACGGGCGUUAAUGUCUCCGUGCCGACUACCAAUGGAGCACCAGCUCCCAAGCCCUCCGACACAGCCCCCGCCGAAGAAUGAGGGGGGCCACGAGGAGAUAUACAUAUAUAUAUAUAUUUUUUUUUAGGCAAUAAGUUUGUUUUUUAAGAUGUUAGCUUUUAAUAUGUACGUUUUUAAAAAACACCCUCAACUUGACGUGAUUUUCUGUUAAUUGGAAAAUCAAAUCAAAAGAAUCCUAAUCUCUAGGCCUCCCAAUCCCCCCCCAGAACACUAUAUUGCCUUGCUAGCCUUUUCUCGUAUUCUCGCCAGGACUUAGUGCCUAGUCCACUACGGAGCUAAGUCCCUGACCCUUAACUUAAAAAAAAAAAAAACAAAUUCUCAAACCCUAUUGUGUUAUAAAUUUUAGCCCACUUUGUUAUAUUAUUGUUAAGCUUGAGCUGCAUUUUUUUUUUUACCAACUUAUAUAAUGGCUUAUACACACUAAAAAAAAACGAAAAAGAAAAAAAAGAGUAUAUAUGUAACUGUGUAAAUAUUAAAUGAAAAAUAGUUAAGCUUUAAAUGGAAAGGAAGAAAAAAAUUUAUACGAAUACUGCGACUAAGUUAAAUCUAAAAAAAAUGUGCACAUAUAGCUCCUAAGGUAUGUCAAUUAAUGUUUAUCUAAAAAAUGCCAUUUUUAAACCUACACAAUACUUCGAAACAGAAACGAAUUAUAUAUAUUUACAACAACAACAACAACAAAAAACAAUGAUACAAAAACAUAUACACCAUAUAUACACCUCUGUAUCACUAUAUAUAUUCUAUAUACAAUUCUGUAUACAAAAGCAACACACACCCGCUGGCACAAUAACUUAUUAUUCGUCUUAAAUGAAAUGGAUAUUUCCGCAAAUAAAUCAAUUUUCUUACGUGUUUAA